GAGAGGCGGCGGGGCGGGUAAAAGGAACAGCGCCCCCUGCUGCAGGAAGAGGGAGGACGAGGUGAACUGCUCGCUGGAAGGAAGAGCCGACGCGACGUUCCAGUCCUAGCCGAGGGAGGCGCUCGGGAACAGCCGGGCCUUGGCAGGCAGCAGCAGUGAGAGCUCGCUAGCCAGGAAGCUCACCCGCUAGCCACCCACCGGAGGUGGCAAUCAGCCUGCCCGCUAGCCAGGAGCGCCAGCCAGCCAGCCAGCCACCGCAGCCCUGGCUGCAAGAGACCUUGGACCCAGCAGGCAGGCCGGAGGAGGCGGCGGCUGGAGCGAACCGGAGCCAGGCCCUGGGGAAGCGAUGGAUAGGAAGAGGUGGGAGUGCUGUGCUCUCCCCCAGGGAUGGAAAAGGGAAGAAGUGACCAGGAAAUCGGGGCUCUCCGCUGGCAAGAGCGAUGUCUAUUAUUAUAGCCCAAGUGGGAAGAAAUUCCGGAGCAAGCCACAGCUGGCUCGCUAUUUGGGAAGCUCCAUGGAUCUGAGCAGCUUCGAUUUCCGGACGGGAAAGAUGCUUAUGAGCAAGAUGAACAAGAACCGGCAGCGGAUGCGUUACGACUGUUCCAGCCAAGCUAAGGGUAAACCUGAUUUGAACACAGCACUCCCCGUCCGACAGACAGCUUCAAUCUUCAAACAGCCAGUCACCAAGAUCACUAACCACCCUAGUAAUAAAGUGAAGACAGACCCGCAAAAAGCAGUUGACCAACCUCGGCAGCUCUUCUGGGAAAAGAAAUUAAGUGGUCUUAAUGCCUUUGACAUUGCUGAAGAGCUGGUGAAGACGAUGGAUCUUCCGAAAGGUUUGCAAGGUGUGGGGCCUGGCUGCACCGACGAGACCCUCCUUUCCGCCAUUGCCAGUGCCCUUCACACCAGCACGAUGCCCAUCACUGGGCAGCUUUCUGCAGCCGUUGAGAAGAACCCUGGUGUCUGGCUGAACACCUCCCAGCCCCUCUGCAAAGCCUUUAUGGUGACUGACGAAGACAUCAGGAAACAGGAGGAGCUGGUUCAGCAGGUGCGGAAGAGGCUGGAAGAAGCACUGAUGGCAGACAUGCUUGCCCACGUGGAGGAGAUCGCAAGGGAUGGAGAAGCCCCUGCUGAGAAGCUUCAGGGAGAGGAAGAUGGGGAGGACGACGAGGAAGAGGACCUGGAUCACGGCCAAGAGAUGGAGAGUGUAUAGUCGGAGUGGCAUCAGGGAGUUUCAGCUGAGAGGUCUCACCUCAUCCCUGUCUGCACAGAGGCAAGUGUAUCUUCAGUCUACAUUGUAUACCAGCUACAUUACUUGUCUGUGUGGACGUCAUUGGCAACUGCUCGUGGAAUGCCUUGAGAAGCCGGUGGCUCAGUAGACGCAGGAUAAUUUUGAAGGAGGACUUGUAUGAUACCCGUGUAAUUUUCUCGGCCCUUUCUUUCCUUUUUCUGUCUUUUUUUUAAAAAGUAUCACAAACAGGUGGGAAGGAAAAGGGGGCUCUGCAGAAUGAUUUUAAAAGACCCGCAAAUUCCCAGAUCCGCAGUACAAACUAAGCAGGCAUCCUCACUAGUUUUGAACACCCUGGUUUUCUCUGUUUUAUGCUCAUCUGUAGCAGCAGCAGACCAUGUUGAGAUCUUUUCACAUGUUGCAGAUCUUUCUACAAAAUUCUUGUGUUCUCGUGUGACUCGGUUUUUUUUUAAAAGAUUUGUGUUUGUUUUUAAAUCCCAGAGGGUAAACAGGUGCCUUUCUGUUUGGCGUUGGGUUGGGCUGUUUUAUAUACUGGAGGAAAACGAACACACUCUGGAAUGCUCCAUGUGCACAUGGUUUUUAUGGAAGUGCUGGCGUGUCGCUUUUUGUACGCCUUGGAAAUACACAAGCAGAGAACAACUUUGUAGUCUAAAAGCGCAGAUCAGUCGGUGUUAUGAGAAUAGCAGAGGGGAGGGGAAAGAGUUUUUUUCCUGCUUCUGAGCUCUCCAAUUUCUGUUGUGUUGCAUUGAAUGGUGGGGGUGGAGGGAGAUUUUCUGUUUCCCAUAAUAAAUUUUUUUAAAAAAACCUUUAAAGAAGUGAAAAAUAUCUAACGCACACAUGAAGAAAGAGUGGAGUUAACCAGCCCAGCAGUCACAUCAUACGAAUCUUAUCGUAGGGUGUUUUGCCAUCGAUGGGGGUUUGUGUGUAUGAGUGGGUUUAACAUUGAAUACUGAUGGUGUUUGUGGAUAUUCCCCCCUUACUCAGAUCUCCCCCUCUUGAAGAAGUGAGGGAUGAGGGGUUGCAUGACUUUAUAGUAGCCUUGAGUCUUUGUGAACAUGGUUAUGUACGAUGGGGGGCAGGGUUAGACUAGGAAUUCAAGCUGGGAUGUAGUUAACUUUUCUUGCGAAAUCAGCAAAUCUUGAGGUGCAUGCAGCACCCCAAUGAUUCUUGCUAUUGUAAACUGGCACCUUUCUGUUUGGGGUUGAAGUGUUAUGACCAAAUCCUUACAAGUCAUUUAUUGAAAUGGUUUUUUAUGAUGUGUUUAGAACUUUUAAAAAUGGAUGGGUUAAGACUUCGGGGGACAAAAGAUACAAGUAGCGUGGAAUUUUAACCACCUUGGUUCUGGACUGAGAAUUGUUUCCCAGUGCAUUUGGUAGUUAGAAUCCGCCCCCCCCCCCCCAGUUUUGUUACUUGUAGUCCAUCAAGUAAAUUAGACCCACCCACCUUCCCGUGUUUGGUUUUAUUUCCCAAUGGUCAAUUCCCUGUAUGUAUUUUUUGUAGAAAACUCUGGCAAACACACAAUCCAAAGUUACAGUCUUUGUGAAUUGUAAACAAAAGAAAAGAUCAAUUUGCACUCACUAUGGGAAAGUGUAGCAUUGACAAUAAUGUGUACACGCUUUGAGAUGUGUGGGGACGCUGUUGGAUUAGUUUUCUUCAUGCUCUCUGAUCAGCUGGGCUACAGCAGACGGGCAGUUCACUAUUUUGGGAAAAACCCAGCUUCUCGCACUGCCACGUGCAGAUUUUGGAGAGUUCAAGCAUCCUUUGUAUUCCAAACACACACUCCAUUCUCUUACUGUUAAUGAAAAAUACUUUAGUUUGUGUUAGCAUCUUAAUGUACAGUUCUUGUUGGGAAUACUAGUUUUGUAAUAAAAAAUUUUUUCAUA